UUCUCAUUAAUUCAUUUGAGAGAGAGAUAUUUAUUUUUAUUUUGUUAUUCGAUGAUGAUAAUUCGCCUCCUCCCUCUUUCUCAGUUUUCUCUUCCUUCCUUGACUUUUACGUAUUUAAGUUUUGUUAAAAAGGUAAAAGAAUAAAUUACACAAAUCCACAAAUCGUAUUCUAUUGUUGUUUUUCGAGGCUCUCUUUUUUGUUGUUGUUGUUGGUUUUGGAUCCUUAGGGAUUUCUAGGGUUUUGAAAAGCGCUGUGGGCUGGUUGGUUGUGAUCGAUCUCGAUUUUCUCGAUCGUUGUUGUGUUCAUCAUCAAUGGAGGCCGCUUCAGAAGAAGAGAACCAGAACCAGAACAAUGAAGAAAACAACAACAACAACAACAAUAACAACAGCAAUAGUAACGGGAAAAUCAACAACAACAACAAUUCCAGUGAAGGACUGAGCAAGCCGAAGCGUCAGAUGAAGACUCCGUUUCAGCUCGAAACUCUCGAGAAAGCUUAUUCCAUGGAGACUUAUCCAUCGGAGGCGACGAGGGCCGACCUGUCGGAAAAAUUGGGGCUUUCCGAUCGGCAAUUGCAGAUGUGGUUCUGUCACAGGAGGUUGAAGGACAAGAAGGAAGGUUCGACGAAAAAGCCGCGUAAAUCCGCGUCAACGGCGGUGGUGGCGGCGAUGCCGGAGUCUCCUGUGGAUGAAUUGAGGGGUGGAGGUGAGCCUGGGAGUGAUUACGGGUCUGGUUCGGGGUCUGGGUCGGGUUCGAGCCCGUUAGGUCGCUCGGAGUUUAGAAAUGCAGUGUCAAGGAGUGUGCUUGAUGAUGUACCAAUUAUGAGGAGGUAUUACGAGUCGCCUCAAUCGAUAUUGGAGCUUAGAGCUAUUGCCUGUGUGGAGGCACAGUUAGGAGAGCCAUUGAGGGAAGACGGGCCAAUUCUCGGAGUUGAGUUUGAUUCAUUGCCGCCUGAUGCAUUUGGGGCACCUAUAGCUGUUUCAGAGCAGCCGAAGCGGUUGGGGCAUCCUUAUGAAGGAAAAUUAUAUGAGCAGCGCGAUGUCAAAUCUUAUAAAGCUUCCCAGAGGGCUCUCCAUGAAUAUCCAUUUCUUCAUGACCAACCUGGUGCAAGACCUGAUGCGUUUGGACAAGUUUCCCAAUCUCAUUUUCAUGACUCAAUGGUUGAUGCCCCCACUGCCAGAACUUCAUCAGUUAUGCUUGGAAAUGAACAAUUGCCCAGGGGGCAUGGUGUCCAAGGUCAUGGACCUCGUGUUCGUAUUUUUCCCCAGCAAGAAAAGCAGGCACUUGCCUUAUCAUCACCUCCUAGGGAUGAUGAACGUGUCCCACAAAGGGAGUCCUUGACAAAUGUUAGAGUGAGUUCUCAGUUUGGUGAUCAUCCUAUUAUUGGACCAGAAGAUUCGUAUGUAUUGUCUGAUGGGCAAAUAUCUCAUAGUGAUGCUAUUUUGCGGAUGGAAAAGAAACGCAAGAGUGAAGAAGCUAGAAUUGCAAAAGAAGUUGAAGCCCAUGAGAUUCGGAUUAGGAAAGAGCUUGAGAAACAAGAUAUAUUGAGACGAAAGAAUGAAGAACGAAUGAAGAAAGAAAUGGAAAAACAGGACCGUGAAAGAAAGAAGGAAGAAGAGAGGCUGAUGCGUGAAAGGCAGCGAGAGGAGGAGAGAUCUAAGCGUGAGCAAAAACGGGAAAUGGAACGAAGGGAAAAAUUUUUACAGAAAGAAAAUUUAAGAGCUGAGAAAAGGAGGCAAAAAGAAGAGCUCCGGAAAGAGAGAGAGGCAGUAAGACGCAAAGCUGCCAUUGAGAAGGCUACUGCACGUAGAAUAGCUAGAGAAUCUAUGGAGCUUAUUGAGGAUGAGCAGCUGGAACUGAUGGAAUUAGCUGUUGCAAGCAAGGGCUUGUCCUCAAUGAUCCAUCUUGACCAUGACACACUGCAAAAUAUUGAAUCAUUCAGAGAUCUUCUGAGUGCAUUCCCACCUAAGUCGGUGAAAUUGAAAAAACCAUUUGCGGUUCAACCCUGGAUCAAUUCGGAGGAGAAUAUUGGCAACCUUCUGAUGGUGUGGAGAUUUUUGAUUACUUUUGCUGAUGUUCUCAAGUUAUGGCCAUUUACUCUUGAUGAGUUUGUUCAAGCUUUUCAUGACUAUGAUUCAAGGUUGUUGGGCGAGAUACAUGUUGCUCUUCUUAAGUUGAUAAUAAAAGAUAUAGAAGAUGUUGCUAGGACACCAUCUACAGGAUUAGUAGUUAAUCAAAAUGGUGCUGCUAAUCCUGGAGGUGGACAUCCACAGAUUGUUGAAGGGGCUUAUGCAUGGGGCUUUGACAUACGCAACUGGCAGCGGCACUUAAAUCCAUUGACGUGGCCUGAAAUAUUUCGGCAAUUGGCCCUAUCUGCAGGAUUCGGGCCACAGUUGAAGAAAAGGAGUAUCAGAUGGUCAUACUCACAUGAGAAUGAUGAGGGUAAAGGUUGUGAAGAUAUAGUUUCUACUCUUCGUAAUGGUUCAGCAGCUGAAAAUGCAUUUGCAAUAAUGCAAGAAAAAGGGUUAUUACUUCCCCGAAGAUCUAGGCAUCGGCUGACUCCUGGAACCGUCAAAUUUGCUGCUUUUCAUGUUCUUUCACUUGAGGGAGGCAAGGGAUUAACUGUAUUAGAACUUGCAGACAAGAUUCAGAAAUCUGGACUUCGGGACCUGACAACGAGCAAGACACCAGAAGCUUCGAUUUCUGUUGCUUUGACAAGGGAUGCCAAGCUUUUUGAAAGGAUAGCCCCUUCAACCUAUCGUGUGCGUGCUGCUUUCCGGAAAGAUCCUGCCGAUGCUGAGGCAAUACUUUCAGCAGCCAGAAAGAAAAUUCAGAUAUUUGAAAAUGGGUUUUUAGCUGAAGAUGCUGAGUAUGUUGAAAGAGAUGAUGCUGAGGAUGUUUUAAGAGAUGAGGAUGUUUUAAGAGAUGAUGCUGAGGAUGUUUUAAGAGAUGAUGCUGAGGAUGUUGAAAGAGAUGAAGACUCUGAAUCUGAUGAUGUCGACGAGGAUCCUGAAGUGGAUGAUUUUGCAACUCUGUCAACUGGGAACAAAAUCUCCAGUCCCUAUGGUGAAGUGAAAACUUGCUCAGGAAGUGGAAAAGACGAUCUUUGCAACGAUGUUGCACUGAAUCUGCAGACUGAGUUGGAGAAGGAUUUUUCAUCCAUCCCUUUGGGUGGACCCAAAGAUGAAAAUUGUCCAAGCACUGCCACUGAGCUAUGUGUUGUUGGUGGAGGCAUCAGUGCUGUCAAUCAAGAAAAUAUGGAGAUUGAUGAAAGUAAGUCAGGUGAAUCAUGGAUUCAAGGACUUACAGAAGGAGAUUAUUCUGAUCUCAGUGUAGAAGAGCGUAUUAAUGCCCUUGUUACCUUAAUUGGUGUUGCAAAUGAGGGAAACUCUAUUCGUGGUGUUCUUGAGGAUCGCAUGGAAUCAGCAAAUGCUCUCAAGAAACAAAUGUGGGCAGAAGCACAGCUAGAUAAAAGUCGCUUGAAAGAAGAGAUUAUAAGUAAAGCAGAUUUUCCGUCAUCUAUUACGGGGAGCAGAGCUGAUAUGCAAUUUUUGAGUUCUGCAGUGGAGGGCAGCCAAAGCCCCUUUCCUAAUGUUGAUAAUCAACUUAUUGAGGCAUCCCCUAGCACCGCUGAAAACCAAAACCCACUUGUUUCACAAGGCAUCCAGGAUCACCUCAACAAUGUGCCUACCGAAAGGACCCCUGGUCAAGAUUUUCCCACAGGUCCUGAUAAUUACCUUAUUCAGCAACUUGGAUAUGCUUCAAAAAGGUCACGGUCACAAUUGAAAUCUUAUAUUGCGCACAGAGCCGAAGAGAUGUAUGUAUACAGGUCCUUGCCUCUUGGACAAGAUCGUAGGAGAAAUCGAUACUGGCAGUUUGUUGCAUCUGCUUCUAGCAAUGACCCUGGUUCUGGCAGGAUCUUUAUUGAAUUGCAUGAUGGCAAUUGGAGGCUCAUUGAUUCUGAAGAGGCCUUUGAUGCUCUUUUGAUAUCUUUGGAUGCACGUGGGAUAAGGGAGUCCCAUUUGCGUUUAAUGUUGCAAAAGAUUGAGUCAUCCUUCAAAGAAAAUGUUCAAAGGAAUAUGCCAAGUGCUAAUGUUGUGGGUCGAAGUGGAACCAUGGUUAAAAAUGAGGCUGAUGAAAUGAAUUCUAGUCCAGACUGCCUGGCUGGUUUUGACAGUCCUAGCAGUACUGUUUGUGGUUUAAAUUCAGAUAUGUUGGAGACCUCAUCUUCUUUCCGAAUUGAGCUUGGGAGAAAUGAAACUGAGAAGAAGGCUGCCCUUAAUAGGUAUCAAGAUUUUCAAAAGUGGACGUGGAAAGAGUGUUUUAAUUCAGUGACAUUAUGUGCAAUGAAGUAUGGGAAAAAGAGGUGUGCACAGCUAUUGGGUGUUUGUGAUUUCUGUCUCAAUUCUUAUCUCUCUGAAGACUCUCACUGCCUUUCUUGCCACCGUAAUUUUGGUACCAGUAAUAAUGAUUUUAAUUUUUCGGAACAUGCAAUUCAAUGUGAAGAGAAAAGGAAAAUACAUAUGGGAAGUUUCCAAAUAUUAGAUUCUUCUCUUCCGCUGGGAACCAGAUUGCUUAAGUCUCUAUUAGCUUUCAUUGAGGUAUCUGUCCCACCAGAAGCUCUUCAAUCAUAUUGGAUGGGAGACCAUCGAAAGACUUGGGGAGUGAAGUUGAAUGCAUCAUCAUCAGUUGAGGACCUUCUACAGAUAUUGACUCUGUUUGAGAGAGUGUUGAAGCGAGACUUUCUAUCAUCAAAUUUUGCAACGACUGAGGAACUGUUGGGCUCCUGUACUCAGUCAGGAAGUUCAUUGCAUGAUUUUUCUGAUCCUAGAUCAAUACCUGUACUUCCAUGGAUACCGCAAACCCUGACAGCUGUUGCUUUGAGACUUUUUGAGCUCGAUGCAUCUAUAAUUUAUUUGAAGCAGGAAAAACCUGAGCCUUUUGAGGACAAGGAAGUCAAAGAAUAUAUAAAGCUACCUUCAAGAUACGCCCCUUUUGAUAAUGUUAAGGAGGUUGAACUAACAGAACUUAACCAUGAUGAAAAGAACUUUACUGAGCUGAAAAGCAACCGAAACAGCUAUAAACGUGGGCGAGGGGGUCGUGAGCAAGGGCGAGGUAAAAAGUGGCAGAAGAAAGCCCGUGUUUCCUAUUCUGAUGUUGGCAGGCGAAAUGUAAAGAGCAAUGAAAAUUUAAUUCAAGGACUAAGACAACAAGGACAAAGAACAUAUGGACAAGGGAGUGGACGGGGUCGUCGAACAGUUAGGAGGAGGAGAGUGGAGAAGAGGGCUGUUGAUGAGAGGUUGCCGAGCCAUAGGGCUGAUACAUAUAGGUCCAAGAGCAUUGAUGAAUCACCAAGAAACUUGGGUGAGGAGUGGGAUGAUGAAAGAAUCAGCAUGCACCCUAUGGAGGAUCCUAAUUUUAACGAUGCAGAAGCAGUGGAUUCUGAUGAUAAUGCCCAGGCAGUGGAAUAUGAGCAUGGAAAUUGGGAGAUUGGGUUCGCUAGUGCCUCCAAUGGGUGGAGAGAGGAUCUAAAUGAAGCGAGUGAUGAAGAUGCGGAUGCUUCUGAAGAUGAUAAUGUCAUUGAAGAGGCUGGAGAUGAAGAUUCGGAGGCAGAUGUAGAUAUGAGUGAUGGCUCGGAUGGAAUAGCAAACAGGGUCGGCAAUGAUGAAGGCACGGAAUCAGCAGAGUCUGACGAUUAUAGUGAUUAAGUUUCCAUGUUCAAGUGAUUAAAUUCUGAUGUUCAACAGAUUGCUGAUGCAUUAGCAGCAGACAUACAUGAGCUGCAUAAAAUUUUUGGUGUUGCAGCUUCAUUUUGCGGCGGGACCUGUGUACAGGGGAAAGAAAAAGACAGCAUUGUCCCCCCCCCCUUCCGCCCCCUCCUUUCUCUUUAUUUUUGAAUUUAUUAAUUGGUUUCAGUGAUGGGGGGGAUAAUGAUUUGGAAGAGUUAAAAGAUGUGUUGAUUAUAUGUAAUUCAUUGAUGGAAAUUAGGCUGUCUAAUGUAAGCUUGUUGACAAUACUUUUUAUAGAUAUGAUCUACAUUAAAAAUUAUCAAUAGUCUCCAUGUUUUCAGCGAUAUGUGCAUUUGUUAGAAGAGAGUAGAAGGUACUGCAGGAUGUCUUCUGUGCUGGAAUGGAGCUUUGCUUAGAAGAGAGUUGAAGGCGUCUAUUAGCAAGUUAGGCUUUUUGUAUUGAUAAUGAGCAACUAUGGGAGAAUGAAAAUCCCUCCAGUCCUUAGGGAAUUGUUGUAAAUUUUGUUACUGGUCUUCAUCAAUAAAAUUCUAUCGUUUUUACCUCAAAAA